UGUCGUUCCUAUAGGGGAGGCUAGGUGGUUAGCUGGACGUAACCUAGUUUAUAACAGAAGGCGUUACAUCACUUUAGGUCGUGUCCCACCUGGGAAAUAACGAUCUAAAGGAAGCUAACGCUUCAUAAUUAAUAUAAUAACGUAAUUAAUAAAAAAGAGAGAGACAGCCCGAGUGACUUUGCAAAUUUGUUGUUGUUUUUAGAGGAGGCUGUCCAAACGCGACUAGUUUCAACGGGCAUUGGUUUCAGACAGAAGAAAACAUGUCCUGUCCAUGCACCUCGGCUGCCAGGUUGUUCCUAAACUCUGCCCACAGAGGGUUGUCGUGUUCCCGAUUCCAGCUGUUCUCCCUGAGUCGUCGGGGGUCUCGGGAAGCACAUUUUCAUCCACGUGUGUGUGUGAGGUCAUUCUCAGAAGCGGCCGUCUGUUACGCUGCUAAAGAUGGGACUACAAAGGACAGUGGGAGUGACAGCGGAAAGAAAAGUGUCAGUGAUGGGAAGAGGAUGUCUGGCUCUGGAGGGUCAGGAAAAGGUGGAAGCCAACUACGCUGCCCCAAAUGUGGAGACCCCUGCACGCAUGUAGAGACCUUUGUAUCAUCAACACGGUUUGUGAAAUGUGAGAAGUGUCAUCACUUUUUCGUGGUCUUGUCGGAAACGGACUCUAAAAAAGGGCUGAGCAAAGAGGCCGAAUCAGAAGCCGAGUUGGUGAGACGGGCUUUUGCGCAGAAACCGCCUCCGCCUCCCAAGAAGAUUUAUGCCUAUCUGGACAAGUAUGUUGUUGGCCAGUCGUAUGCAAAGAAGGUCUUGGCAGUGGCCGUGUAUAAUCACUACAAGCGCAUUUACAACAACAUCCCUGCGGGCAGCCGACAGCAGGUGGAGGUGGAGAAGCAGCCAUCUUUAACGCCACGAGAGCUAGAGAUGAGAAGACGAGAGGAUGAAUACAGAUUCACAAAACUGCUGCAGAUCGCAGGGAUCAGUCCCCACGGUAACGCUCUGGGCGCCACCAUGCAGCAGCAGGCGAGCCAGCAGCCGCCUCAGGAGAAGAGGGGCGGCGAAGUCCUGGACUCUACUCACGCUGAGAUUAAACUGGAGAAAAGCAACAUUAUACUCCUUGGUCCUACCGGUUCAGGAAAAACAUUGCUGGCGCAGACGCUGGCCCGCUGUCUUGACGUUCCGUUUGCGAUUUGCGACUGCACCACCCUCACUCAAGCUGGAUAUGUGGGCGAGGACAUCGAGUCAGUCAUUGCCAAACUUCUGCAGGAUGCCAACUACUCAGUGGAGAAAGCACAGCAAGGUAUUGUGUUCCUGGAUGAAGUUGAUAAGAUUGGCAGCGUUCCCGGGAUCCAUCAGCUGAGAGAUGUGGGAGGAGAGGGAGUUCAGCAGGGUUUGCUGAAACUCCUGGAGGGUACAAUCGUCAACGUUCCAGAGAAAAACUCCAGGAAGCUGAGAGGCGAAACGGUGCAGGUCGACACAACCAACAUCCUGUUCGUUGCUUCAGGAGCCUUCAACGGCCUGGACAGGAUAAUAAGCCGAAGAAAGAACGAAAAGUAUUUAGGAUUUGGAACGCCCUCUAACUUGGGGAAAGGUCGCCGGGCGGCCGCUGCAGCAGACCUGGCCAACACUAGCGGCGAGACGGACGCUGUCGCGGAGAUCGAGGAGAAGGACCGGCUGCUGAAGCACGUGGAGGCGAGGGACCUGAUCGAGUUCGGCAUGAUUCCAGAGUUUGUCGGCCGUCUUCCUGUUGUCGUUCCUUUGCACAGCCUGGAUGAGGACACUCUGGUCCGAAUCUUGACUGAACCACGAAACGCUGUGGUUCCACAGUACCAGGCUCUGUUCAGCAUGGACAAAUGUGAACUUAAUGUGACCCCGGAUGCCUUGAGAGCCAUCGCCAGAUUGGCUUUGGAGAGGAAAACUGGAGCUCGUGGCCUCAGAUCCAUUAUGGAGAAACUUCUUCUUGAGCCCAUGUUUGAGGUGCCUCACUCAGAUAUCGGUGCUGUUGAACUGGACAAAGAUGUCGUUCAGGGAAAAACGCAGCCUAGAUACAUCCGAACCCCCGCCAAGGAUUCGGCAGAGGAGGAGUACGACUCCGGCAUCGAGGAGGAGAACUGGCCCCGGCAAGCUGACGCUGCUAACAACUGAACCAUGUCUCUCAUUUCACCUGAAAUCAUUAGGUUACCAUGAACCUCCUGGAUACCUCGUUUGGUACCAGACCUGUUUUUAUUACUGCACCCGACAAAUAAAAAGCGUGGACACUGCGGAUGUUUUCAUGAUGAACAAGUGAAGGGAGCGUAACAACCUUUGAUCUCUUUGCAUCGGAUAAUAAAUUUCUAGCGGUGCACUCAGUGUGGACCUUUUAUGAUAUAUUUCAAUCUCUGGGGAUUGUUAACAUUUUAUCUAUAUAAAGAUAAUAUGAUUUUAUUCAUAAAAAAAAAUUGUAGGUAGUUUGUAUCCUCUUUUUGUGCUGAUUGGCUGUAGCAGGAAGGGAAGCAAAGGGCAUAUAUGGGAUCACAUUGUAACUUGAAUGAGGGUAGACGUGAUAGAGAAAUGCCUUAAAUCACAAAGGGCAUGAUAUUUCACAAACACAUCAAUAUGAUGAUGUUUCUUCCUGUAACACCAUUGUGAUAAUGGUACCCAAAGUGGAAAGAGUUGUAAAUGUUAAGCUAUGCUGCACGCGUAUUGUUUGUAAGCGGUUUGUAAGACAUCACCUAGAGUUAGGAGACCAUAUUGAGGUAGAAACACACCAGCAUAUUAAAGAUGCUCCCAUCCUGCAGCCGUCUGCUCACCUGGAUUCACAGAGCAGACUGAAAUUUGUCCCUUUCUAAAGUGAUAAAACAUCCCUUCUGCUUUCUGGUCUGUAUCGAGAAACAUUAAAGUAAAUCACACCAACAUAGGUUUUGGUUUUAAUUUGCUAAUCAUUCAGAGAUCUUAACAAAGCUCCUUCUGCAGAGCUGCUUAUACUUUCCUUUAUGUGUGCACCUAGGUCAGAAUCACUUCCUGUGAUGUCACUUCCUGAUGCUAGAUGGUACCUUGGUGCACUUUUUCAGUCAAGAUGUCACCAUGCUGCUGUGCUCUUUACCUUUAAACUUAAACUAGAUCUGUUCCCUUUUUGAUUCAAGUUUUUUUUCUUCUUUCUGUGAAGCUCUAAGUUGGUAAAUUUCAGAGGUCUGUUACAGAAAUUCAAGGAAAACUUACCUCCCUAAAAACUUUUGAAUCCUAAAUUUAUUGUAAUUGUGUAAAAUAUAUAAAUAAAAUCUAUCUCUGUGUA